AUACUUUGUUAUUUUAUACACAAAAGGAUACAUUGUUGGUUAUCGUUUUUUUUGUUUUGUAGAGGGGUGUUGUAUUACUUUUUAUCACAUAAUGGAGAGUGUGUCCCCAUCCUCAGGUGGGAGGUGGAGGACCUGGGCUGGGUCAUGGUCCAGCCCACCUGCUGUGUCUAUGAAUUCCAGCUCUGUACAGGUGAGUCGGUGACUAUCGGAGGAGCAGGUGACAACGGCACAGCAAUGAGCAGGUACCCGGUGGAUGCAAAGGCGAUUGGAUUAGUGCAGCAUGGGAGGCAAAAGCUGUACAUGUUGUCCAUUCUGUGGUCGGAUCGCAAUAACAUCAUCAUAUACAGAACCUAUGACAGCUUUAAGGAACUUUCAAAACUGCUUUCACAGUCCUUUCCAUUGGAGGCCGGGCUUGUCAAUAAAUCGGACAGAACACUUCCCAUACUGAAAGAUGUUCCGCUGUUUUUCCGGACUAGAUUCUCAUCGCGUUUUAUGGAUAGGCUCUAUCUGUUGGAGCUUUACUCCCAGGAGCUCGUCCAAACUGACCCCAAGGUCUCCCAAUGCGAGGAUGUCAUUUAUUUCUUCUCUCCUAACACCCAGGAUCUGACUCCAUCCUUCCCUGAAAACAGUCUAGUAAUACUACCGCCAGAGAAUGACCAGAAGCAAAAAGUGAUGAUCUCCCCAUCAAAGUCAGACCAGCCCAUCACACAGCCUAUUGUAUCGGAGCCUUACCUAUGCCUGGACACCUAUGAAACAAAAGACACUAAGAACCAGCCAUUCAAGGUCCAGAAGAAUGAACAAGUCGAUGUCCUCAUCAAGGAUGCUACUGGCUGGUGGUUGGUGGAGAACGGAGAGAAACGUCUGGCUUGGUUUCCAGCACCAUACCUAGUAAAGCCAGAGUCGGCCCAUAUGGAUUUAAAGGAGAAAUCAUUUAGUAAAGGGACCUUUUACUAUGUACAGAAGGGCUAUGAGGCCCAGAAUUCAGAUGAAAUUUCUCUUGGAGUCGGGGUUGUUGUGGAAGUGAUAGAGAAAUCUGAAAACGGCUGGUGGCUGAUCUGUUACAGUGGAAGAUUUGGAUAUGCCCCGGGCAUGUUCCUUAAACCCUACAAGAAUCCUCACCAAAACCUGCAGGUAUCAUUUAACCAUGAGACAUUCGGUUCCACACCCAACCUCCUUAAUUCAAUAAGCAGUGAAAACCUCAAUAAAGACCUAAGCCUGGAUCUUCCGAGUGGGGGGCUUGAGAAGACGACACGCAAGGCACGGUUAGAAAAGAGGAAAUCGAUAUCUUUGAUUAAUCUGCAAGACUCUAAGGAAGAUGCAGACUUGGGCAGUUUAAGUAGAAGAAUGAACUUUUCUGUAGAAUGGUGCAAACAGGACUCGGGAACAUCUGGGACUGUUCAUUUUCCAAGCUCAUCCGAGGUCCAGGAGAACUACGAGUCCCAUUCAGAGUGGACAAAGACCACAACGGAACUAGAGGAAGAAAGACGGAGGAAAGAUUCAGGAUUUGAUGAACAACAUUCACCUCCGAUAUCUAUUGCUUCAAACCAUGGUGACACACCACCCCCCAUUCCCGAGAGACCCUCACUGCAGGAGAUUCAUGCCAGAUGUACCACCAUCACUAAGAGAGCUAUUGUACAACCUAAUGUCUGAACCUCUUCUACUUGUUCAAUACUUGUAAACAUGGGCUAGUGCAUAAGGUGAAAGGGUGAGAGAGGACAGCAACUGAGCACAAAGGCCCGGAUUCACAGACAUCGGCGCAUAUUUAUGCGGCCGUAGCGUAUCUUCUUUACGCUACGCCG